AUGGAUCAUUUACUUAAUGAAGACAAUGAAGCAGGCCUGAGUACUGGAAAAAUGUAUAUUUUGCCUUCUUCAUUUGCAGACAGCCCCAGAAACAUGCUAUAAAAUUAUCAAGAUGCUAUGGCAAUUGCCAGAAAAUAUGGAAAACCUGAUCUUUUUAUUACAAUGACAUGCAAUCCCAAAUGGGAAGAGAUUGUAAAUAACCUUCAACAUGGUCAACCUGUUGAUGGACAACCACAUUUAGUUGCAAGAGUAUUUCACCUAAAACUGGAAGCUCUGAUCGAUGAUAUCUGUAAAAAACAUAUUUUUGGAGUCCUAAAAGCAAAAGUCUUCGUGAUAGAAUUUCAAAAGAGAGGUUUACCACAUGCUCACAUACUUUUCAUUCUUAAAGAAAGCUGUAAACCAAAAAAUGAAGAACUGAUAGAUAAAAUUGCCUCUGUUAAAAUCCUUAAUAUAGAAAUCACUCCUCGCUUACAUGCAAUUGUAACAAAACAUAUGAUUCAUGGACCAUGUGGAGCACUCAAUCCUAAUUCUUCAUGUAUGACAAAUGACAAAUGCUCUAAGGAUUUUCUGAAGGAAUUCCAAAUAAAAUCUAUUGCUAACAGCAAUGGCUAUCCAAAGUACAAGAGAAGAAAUACAGGCCAAAGUAUAAUUCUUAACGGAAAGAAAAUUGAUAAAAGUUGGGUUGUACCAUAUAAUCCUUGUCUAGCCUUGAAGUUCAAUUGCCACAUUAAUGUUGAAGUUUGUGCAUCAGUGAAAAGCAUCAAAUACCUUUUUAAAUAUGUGCACAAAGGUCAUGAUUGUGCUAAUGUUGUCAUUCAAGAACAAGAUACAGAGCGCUACUGUCUGCAUCUACUAUUGCCACAUGUUCCGGGUGCAGUAUCCUCUGAAGAUCUGAGGACAGUACAUGGAAAUGUCUGUUCCACUUUCCGAGAGGCCGCAAAAGCUAAAGGACUUAUUAAUGAUGAGGAAGUGUGA